AUGGAGAGGCUCGCUAGUUACAUGAUGAUUGUAAACAAUGACGGAACGAAUAGGUCAGCGGACUUCGUUAUCAGUCAGGAGACGGACGACUGGUCGCUCACGGCUCACGGCUCACGACUGACGAGGACGGGACGGCGAGCGAGCGUGAAGAUGGGUCAGGCGUUCGGGACCAACUCACACAGCGGCGAACACGCGCAUUACAUAAGGAAAGAAAUCGGUAUGGCGUACGUACUAGUGAUGAUUGAAUUGUCUUGUUUAAUACCAUGCACUGGCGAUUGUGAGCCGGUGUUUUGA